GGUAAAUAUUUUGUUGUGUAUCUUGCUACAGAUUUAAGGAGGCAUGUUUUAUCUGAGUUUAAUAGAACACACACUGAGAUUGCCGCCUCAUCUCCUAAGUCUUCCACUCAAUGAAUCAAUCAGAGGAGAACUUGAGGGUCUCUUUGUGGAUAAGGUUAUUGCAAAUUUGGGCCUUGCCAUAUCUAUUUACGAUAUUCGCUCCAUAGAUGGUGGUUUUAUCUAUCCAAGUGAAGGGGCCUCAACAUAUACGGUCAAGUUUAGACUGGUAGUGUUUCGCCCAUUUGUUGGAGAAGUAAUAACUGCUAGACUCAAAGAGUCCAAUGCAGAGGGUUUGCGCUUGUCGCUUGGAUUUUUCAGUGACAUUUAUGUACCCGCACCUCUAAUGCCAGUUCCAUCACGUUCUGAACCUGAUCCGGAAAACCAGAACCAAGUCAGGUGGAUAUGGACGUUUGAUGAACAGGAAUAUCCUAUUGAUGGCGUAGAUGAGAUUAGGUUCCAAGUUCAUAAUGUUAGUUAUCCUUCAAUACCUCUUGAGCAAGAUAAAGAUUCAAAGCCAUUUGCACCUAUGGUCAUAAAGGGAUCUCUUGAUGCUGAUGGACUAGGACCCAUUUCAUGGUGGAUAUAGCAGAAAUUACUCUAGAAUCUGUGACAAUGAACUAUAUUUAUUUAUUUGUUAUUUUGUUGCCCGGGCCUUUGGUCUAAGGUACGAGCUCAAUGCGUGAUGUGUGAUCUAGGCGCUCGUCAUGGGUUCAAACUUUGUCGCAGACAAAAUCUUGGUAGCGGAAAAUGGUAGAGGAGUGGGUUCAUUAUCCCACCGAGUUUUGAACUGUACGCCACUGAUCCUCAGGAAUUUCUGAUUAUAAAAUAUUUUUUUAUUUUUGUUGAUAGAGAUAAACAGUGUAAUUCACCUCCUGAGAGAGCAGCAAAAUGAAAUCUUUGGGUUAAUUCAA